GGUUUGCCGGUGCGCGUGUCAAUAGUGAACGCGGAGCCGUCGCCGCGCGUUCCAGGAACACGUUUAUACCUGGCACGAUAUACGAAAUUUUCGACUUCUCGAGUAAAGAGAGCAUGUCCGAGCCAGAGAAGCAGAUCGCGGGAAUCGCGAACGAGCCGAUCGAGUUCGAAAGCGCCAUACCGAAAAUCAGGCAGCAGUUGCUAAAAUGGAACGGCUGGGGUUACAAGGAUUCCGGGUUUCACGUAAAUGACAAUCAACUAGUAGAGUUCACCGGUAACAGAUAUCCCAUUGGAAACCAGGAGUUGCCAUACUUCACAAAGUGGUGCGAAAAGACCUUCGAUAUAACAUGGAAUAUGAAGAUAUACGACUCCCAAAAUUUACCGACGCACUUUCCAGAACCAAUACUUUCGACGGAAUUAUUGAAAGCGAUCGAAGAGCUGAGGAUUGACCAUUCGACCGAUGGCAUUGAUCGUCUGUUUCGAGCACAUGGACAUACUGUACGAGAAAUUUAUCUUUUGAAAUGCGGGACUUUCGAGAGGAUACCGGAUAUCGUCGUAUGGCCGAAGUGUCACGACGAUGUCGUCAAGAUUGUCAAUAUGUGCGUACGUUACGGAGCCGUUUGCAUACCUUUCGGUGGCGGAACCAGCGUUAGCCGUGCAACGUGCUGUUCCCCGCACGAACGUCGAACGAUAAUUUCAUUAGACACGUCACAGAUGAAUCGAAUAUUAUGGAUAGACAGGGAUAAUUUAUUAAUAUGCUGCGAAUCGGGUAUUAUUGGUCAAGACCUGGAGCGAAUGCUUCGUCCUCAUGGAUUCACGUCCGGUCACGAGCCUGAUUCUUAUGAAUUUUCCAGUUUAGGUGGAUGGGUGGCGACUAGGGCGAGCGGCAUGAAAAAGAACACGUAUGGCAAUAUCGAGGAUCUGGUGGUGCGAAUGCGAAUGGUCACUGGAAGAACGGAGGAUCCUGUUAUCACAUUAGAGAGAGGUAAUUUGGUUCCACGUGCAUCUUGCGGCCCGGACUUUGAUCACAUGAUUCUCGGCAGCGAGGGAACUCUCGGUGUUAUCACGGAGGUCGUGUUAAAAAUAAGACCGUUACCACGAGUGGUGAAAUAUGGCAGUAUUGUGUUUCCUAAUUUUCAAAGCGGCGUUCAAGCGUUACGAGAGAUCGCGAAGGAACGAUGUCAACCUGCUAGCAUACGCUUAAUGGACAACGAACAAUUUCAAAUGGGACAAACUCUACGCCCGCAGCCUGGUUGGGGUGGAUUGCUGUUGCAAGGACUUAAACAAAUGUACAUCACCAAAAUAAAGCGUUUCCAAUGGGACCAGAUAUGCGUGGCCACGUUAUUGAUGGAGGACAACGUAGCGACAGAUGUCGCGACUCAGGAACGGAAAAUUUACAAGAUAGCUAAUAAGUACGGCGGCAUUGCGGCGGGUGAGACGAACGGCGAACGCGGUUACAUGUUAACGUUCGUGAUAGCAUACAUCCGCGACCUCGGACUAGAGUUUAGGGUCUUAGGAGAAUCAUUCGAGACUUCCGUUUCUUGGAAUCGCGCGUUGUCACUGUGUAGAAAUGUCAAAUCUCGUGUGGCCAGGGACUGCCAUACACAUGGCAUACGCAAAUAUUUUAUUUCCUGUCGUGUCACGCAAACAUACGACGCAGGGUGUUGUAUAUAUUUUUACAUAGCGAUUAAUUACGUAGGCAUAGAGAAUCCAAUCGAGACUUUUGAUGCCAUUGAGCACGCGGCGCGCGAGGAGAUACUCGCGAGCGGUGGAUCUCUCUCCCAUCAUCACGGAGUGGGCAAAAUACGGGCGUCCUUUUAUCCUGAGGUCAUCGGAGAAGCCGGUGUUUCCCUUUAUCAAGCGACCAAGGCACACUUGGAUCCGUAUAAUAUAUUUGCAGCUGGUAACUUGGUUCCAGAGUAUAAAUCAAAAUUGUAAAUUGUACGCAUCGCAUCAUGAAGCCAUAUGUGUGGCACUGAAAAAAAUUAACCUGUACAGAUAUUCCUUACUCUGUUAAUAUGAUUUUGUUGGUUUUAAACUCAUGGUCGCCAUGGCAAGUUGAUAUUUCGUAUAUUUUUGAUAGAAAGUUACGGUAUUUUAUCAACUUGUUAUUAGGAUUAUUUUGCGCGCGAUAUCUUUCAAUGAAUGAUGGGAAUCUUGUUGAUGGAAGGCCGCUACAAAUAUUAGAGAGAAAUUUGGAUAAAAAAUUCAAUAUUUCCAAUCAAUGAAAAUAUGCAAAUGCACGUAGAUAGCGAAUAUUUUGAGGCUGGUAUUGUAGUUUACUAACUCGCCAUAAUAGUUAUAGAGAAAGAGAGAGAAAGAAAGAAAGAGAGGGAGAGAGAGCGAGAAGAGAGACUAGUAUACAUUAUAAAUAAUUAUGCACCGUGGCGUUGUUUGGUACAAAUGCGGAAUUGUAAUAAUUGUAUCGGCAUUUUUAUAAAUUAUUAUAACUAAAACACACACGUUUUACAAGA